CACGCUUCAGCCCAGGCGCAGUUUUUAUUGCACAAUUCUGACUCUUGACGCGUCGCCCUCAGAGCGCGCAGACCGGAUUUUGCUUAGUUUCACCCGAUUAAUUCAUCCGUGUGAAAUUAUGUCCCGAUCGGCGCUGAUCCAGCCGGCAAGAUGAUGAUUUUACCAGGGAGAGGCUCAGAUCGUGUGCCCGACUCGGUGGUCUUGGUGAUCUUGGUGGUCGCCGCUUCUCUUGGUAGCGUCUUCGCCAAGGAUACAGCCUUUGUGGAAGUGGUUCUGUUCGAGUCCAGUCCCAAUGGAGAUUAUACUACUUACACGACUGGCUUGCAAGGACGGUUCUCCAAAGCAGGAGCCACUAUCAGCGCGGAGGGGGAGAUCGUUCAAAUGCAUCCUUUGGGACUUUGUAACAAUAAUGAUGAAGAGGACCUGUACGAGUACGGCUGGGUUGGAGUGGUGAAGCUGGAGCAGCCAGAGCUGGACCCCAGCUGCCUCACAGUGCUGGGGAAGGCAAAGAGAGCGGUGCAGCGGGGAGCCACGGCCGUCAUCUUUGAUGUCUCUGAGAAUCCGGAUGCCAUCGACCAGCUCAACCAGGUUGCCGAGGAUCCCCUGAAGCGGCCGGUGGUUUAUGUGAAGGGCAAUGACGCCGUCAAACUGAUGAACAUCGUCAACAAGCAGAAAGUGGCCCGUGCUCGGAUCCAGCACAGACCGCCGAGGCAGCCCACGGAGUAUUUCGACAUGGGCAUCUUUCUGGCCUUCUUCGUGGUCGUGUCGCUGGUCUGCCUCAUUCUGCUCAUCAAGAUCAAACUGAAGCAGAGAAGAAGCCAGAGCUCCAUGAACAGAAUGGCCAUCCAGGCUCUGGAGAAGAUGGAGACCAGGAAGUUCAAAGCCAAAGGCAAAGGUCAGCGUGAGAGCAGCUGUGGAGCCUCCGACUCUCUGAGCAGCAGCUCCACCUCUGACUGCGCCAUCUGUCUGGAGAAGUACAUCGACGGGGAGGAGUUGCGGGUUAUCCCGUGCGCCCACAGAUUUCAUAAGAAAUGUGUCGACCCCUGGCUGCUCCAGCAUCACACCUGUCCCCACUGCAGACACAACAUCAUCGAGCAGAAGAAGGGGAAUCCAGGACAAGCGUGCAUGGACCCUGGCAACCCGGUCCACAGCAGGCAGCGGGUGGUGCUGCCGGUUCAUUACCCGGGAAGGGUGCACCGUGCUGGUCAGGUGACGGCUUAUCCAACCAGAACCAGCAUGGACCCGCACGGCAACCCUAUCACAGUGCUCACCGUGGACCAGCACUCAGAUCCCCAAGGUCUGUACCCACCCCAAUCGGCAUCUGCCUUUCUCCGGAGCUACCACCCCACUCUUCAUCUGGAGCAUUCAAUCAACCCCCACCACUGCGGAUUAGAGCACCGUGGACCCCCCGCCUACCCCGCGCAGCCACAUCAUGUUACUUUUAAAAGACCCAAAAUCCACAAUCGCAACUUCUCCCGGGCAGCCUGUUUUUCCCAGUAUGAAACCAUGUACCAGCACUACUACUUUCAGGGGUUGACUUUCCCUCAACCGCCUGAGGGGGGCCAAGGACCUGCUGUGGCAGGGCCGCUUGGUGGAGGAGGAGUCCACAAGAGCCACCACAGCAGGGCUUUUCAGCAAGGGCUGUUAUACCCCACGGUGGUGCACAUGGCACCUGCCUCUUCUUCAAGGAUAGCUGAUAACGGCAGCACUUCUGGCCUGAGCUGUUAUCACGGGCAUCGCUCCGUGUGCAGCGGGUACCUCGCUGACUGUCCCGGCAGUGAUAGCAGCAGCAGCAGCUCGGGCCAGUGCCACUGUUCCUCCAGUGACUCCAUGUUGGACUGUACUGAGGUUAGCAAUCAGGGGGUGUACGGUAGCUGCUCGACUUUCCGCAGCUCACUGAGCAGCGACUACGAUCCUUACGUUUACCGGAGUAAAAGUCCGUGUAGGGGCUCCGGGGGGGAAGCGGGGGCUACGGCUUGCAGCGCAGUUUCAGCUGAAGACUCUUCUUCCCCGGUACCCCUGGGACAUGACUGCCUCCAGCUCCCGGCUGGAGCUUCGGGAUAUAACUCGGGGGACCAUCUCUCCAACUGCAGUUUGGAGCCCAACUACAGCAGUCGCUCAUCACUGGAACCCAGGGAGACCAGCAACACCAGCACUACCUCAGCCGGGGCUUCAGAGGCUGCCGGAGGCGACAGGGGGCAGGGGGCACAGGAGGAGCCGGGGGAGCUCGGGGCGGCAGCCUGUAGCUGCUGUUUUGAGGUGCUUCCUCCCAAUGUUGAGUGCAAAGGGCAGGACUUGGACCAAGCAGGGGCUCUGGCCUCUGCAACCUGUCACAGGGGGGUGGACUUUCAGAGCUCAGCCUCCAAGAACUACUUUGCCUCGGAGCAGUUGUGCCCUUCCGCUGAGCAGGUGAGCUAUGAAGGGCUGCCUUGCUGCUUCUACAAAGAGAUGAAGGUCCACAGGGCCGCGGCGGGGCGCUAUACUGAGGACUACGCCGUUAAUGUGCAGUAUGCGCACGGAGACUCGGAGGCCUGCUCGGGGCAGGGCUGCUGCGAACUCAACCAGAGAAUACCCAUAAUUCCUGAGGACACAGACUGUGAAUCAGGCACAGGGCCAGAGACCCAGAGCAGUUUGCUACCAGUCAGUGUGACGGUGGAGACAGAGUUGCGGACAGGGGAGCAGUACGAGCCCAAGGACAGGUACUUCACCUCAGGACAGUUGAGAGGGCACCCGUAUCCUCGAGAGGAGGAGACCAGGGCUUUGUUUCACCCUCAGCUCUCUGCGAGCCCCGCUGCACUGGGAAGCAGUUCUUCAACAAACGAGGGAGGUCUGUGCAUAUGAGCGCGAGUCCAGAACCAACAGAACAGUGUAUGUGGUACCGUGUCAGUCAAUCAUUGAAACCCUCAGUUGCCUUGUUCUUGCUCUCUGAAUGCUGAAUGUUAUCAUCUUAGAUUGUGUGGAUUUCUACUGAAAUGGCCUCAUUUCUAUAUAUACACAAUGUAUAAGUUCAUUCCUGUGGCCACAAACGAUACUACACACAUGGAUGGAGGUCGUUAACUGAAAAUUCAACUAGGUUGGUGUUGGCAUCUAUUUGAAGACUUCCUGCUGCCGUCAAGGCUUUAAAAUCUG